CCCCACGCUCCUGUUCGCCAAUGCCGGCAUGAAUCAGUUCAAGCCGCUGUUCUUGGGAACUGCAGACCCAGCUCUGCCCUUGUCAAAGUUGACUAGGGCCACUAACUCCCAGAAGUGCAUCCGUGCGGGCGGCAAGCACAACGACCUCGACGACGUGGGGAAGGACCUCUACCACCACACUUUCUUCGAGAUGCUCGGAAACUGGUCGUUCGGAAGCUACUUCAAGGAAGAGGCCAUCGGGUAUGCAUGGGAAUGUCUGACCACGGUGUAUAAGCUCGAUCCUUCUCGGCUGUACGCCACGUACUUCGGUGGAGACGAGAAGCUGAGAGUCGGAGCUGAUGAGGACGCCAAGAAGAUUUGGCUCAAGUACCUACCCGAGAGCCGAGUCCUGCCGUUCAGUCUGGCUGACAACUUCUGGGAAAUGGGCGACGUUGGUCCGUGCGGGCCGUGUGUGGAGAUCCACUAUGACCGCAUCGGCGGCCGCGAUGCCGCGAAGGAUGUUAACAUGGACAAGCCCGAAGUUAUCGAGGGCAAGAUGUCCAACUACGACACGGAUGUAUUCGUGCCUAUUUUCGAAGCCAUUAGCUCCGCCACUGGAGCUCGGCCCUACACCGGGAAGGUUGGCGAGGAGGACAGUGACAACAUGGACAUGGCCUACAGGGUAGUGGCUGACCACAUCCGCACCCUCACGAUAGCCAUCACGGACGGGUGCACCCCUUCCAACGACGGUCGCGGUUACGUGUUGCGUCGCGUGUUGAGGAGGGCCAUUAGGUACGGACAACAGGUCCUCGGCGGCAAGCCUGGCUUCUUCCACACUCUUGUGCCCGUGGUGGUGGGACUGAUGAAGGGGAUAUUCCCGGAGCUUGUCGACGCAGAGGCGCGAGUGACAGCCGUGAUCAAGGACGAGGAGAUGUCCUUCAACAAGACUCUCGACAAAGGACUAAAGGAAUUCAACAAGGUCGCGGCCGCCCUUGGCGACAGCAAGGUUUUCCCUGGUACGGUCGCGUUCCAGCUGUACUCCUCUAUGGGCUUCCCUCUCGACCUGCUGACGCUAAUGGCAGAGGAGAAGGGUUUGAGCGUAGACGUUGAGGGUUUCGACCAGAAGAUGUCCGACGAAAAGAUGAAGAGCAACCAAGCCAGAAGCAACCAGAAGGCCGCCGGAGGCAAACCUAUGAUAUUGGAAGCUGAACAGGUGCUUGCCCUGUUCGUCGGGAAGGGAGAGGGAGAGGACGGUGUAGGGUUUGUGCCUUCCGCGUCCGCCGUCGUCGACGAGGCAGACCAGCAGACAGUCGGGGUGGUGCUUGACUGCACCAGCUUUUACGCCGAGGGGGGCGGGCAGAUCUACGACAUCGGCGAGCUGUCACUGUCGGACGGGUCUGGCUCGUUCGCCGUCCGCCAGGUUUCUAACUUCGGCGCCUACACCCUGCACAUCGGGCAGUAUUACGGGGCUGUUGAGGUCAAGGCUGGCACACUGUCAGUGGGGAGCGACGUGGUGUGCAAGGUGGACUACGAGAGACGUGCCAAUGUGGCUCCUAACCACACCAUGACGCACGUCCUCAACUUCGCCCUCAGGAAGGUGGCCGAUGUGGAGGACUUGGUGAACGACAAGAUCAACAAGAACUUGCCGGUCUACGCGUUCGUCGCGCCCCUCGAACAGGCACAGCGCAUCCAGAGCCUCCGUGGCGUGUUUGGCGAGAGGUAUCCUGACCCAGUGAGAGUGCUCAGCAUCGGCCAGGAUGUGCCGGCAAUGCUUGAGGACCCCGAGAACUCGGCCUGGUCUGACGUUUCGGUGGAGUUCUGCGGCGGAACCCACCUGAGCAACACCCAGGAGGCGGAGACGUUCGUCAUCCUUGAGGAGGCGGGCAUCGCCAAGGGCGUGCGGCGCAUUGUCGCAGUGACCCGCGGGCUGGCCCUUGCUGCUGUUGAGAGGGCCAAGGCGUUCGAACAGCAGCUCGAUGUGGCCGACGGGAUCGAAGACAUCUCUCUCGACACUAAGGUCCGACGCCUGGGUGCGGAGCUUGACGGUGCAGUUAUCUCGGUCAAGGCGAAGAACAAACUACGCGCUCGUCUGGCGACCCUUGUCCAAAAGGCUAAAGCACUGAAGAAGAAGGUGAUGGAGGAGCGUGUGGGACAGGCGGUCACUGCGGGUAAGGCGGAAGCCGAGAAGACAAAGGAGGCUGGUGGGACCCAGCUGGUUUUCCGCGCGGACUUCGGGUGCGAUGCGAAGUCCGCCGUAAAGAUCCUUGCCGAGGUGUCCAAGGCAUGUCCUGAACUGGUGAGUACGUGCGCCUGA